AUGAGUGAGAGCGAGAAAAAUCCAGCGCCGAGUGAACAACACGACAAUGUACAGAGUACAGGAAUUAACGAAACCGAAACUCAUGCCGAGGAUCAUUCAGACGCAUCCACGGUUUCUGCUGUCGAGAUUGAUCUGCACGACAACGGCAAUGAUGAGGACCCGGAGAAUAAUUGUAACAAUACAUCGCCUGUCGUCCGACGCAUCACCACAGAGCUGGGACCACCUGUAACCGUUCCGAGGUUGAAACGUCGAGGGCUAUUCGCGCAAGUCACACUCAUCGCCGAGGUAGAUAAUGCGAAGACAUAUCCGCGAAAAACUAGAUGGUUUCUCACUGCAGUCGCCGCGGUAGGCGGCGUCGCUGCACCGCUUGGAUCUUCUAUUUUCCUGCCGUCUCUGAAGCAGGUGGCCGUUGAUCUGAAUUCAACGCCAACCAUCGUGAACUUGUCUGUUGCUCUCUAUAUGCUGGCCAUGUCCAUAUUCCCACUGUGGUGGUCUUCGUCCAGCGAAUUGUUUGGACGACGCUCCAUCUACAUCAUAUCUUUUGCGCUUUUCAUUGUGUUCAAUGUCCUCAGUGCAAUCUCCAAUAGUAUUGCCAUGCUGAUCGUCAUGCGUCUACUUGCAGGCGGGGCAUCGGCAUCUGUGCAAGCUGUCGGUGCAGGCACCAUAGCAGACUUGUGGGAAGUGAAAGAGCGAGGUCGAGCAAUGAGCUACUUUUAUAUCGGUCCCCUCUGUGGUCCACUCUUUGCCCCCAUUAUCGGAGGUCUGCUGGCUGAGAGAUGGGGUUGGCGAAGUACCAUGUGGUUUAUGGUGGUUUUUGGCGCCAUUGUGUUCGUCUUCCUCCUCGUCGCUCUUCCAGAGACGCUGCAGCAACGAAAGAGUCUGCCCACAACGCAGACAGAACAGAUGGCACGGACUUCAAGCAGAGUUUCCUCUAAAAUGGCGAGAAGCAGUAUCAAAUUUUUGCAGAUGUUGAAAAUAACCCUCGUUGAGCCUCUGAAAAUGAUCCGAUUCUUGAGAUACUUCCCAAUCGUAUUGACUAUCUACUAUGCCGCUAUCACUUUCGGCUCCUUAUAUGUGCUAAACAUCAGUGUCCAGCAAACUUUUGAGGGGGCACCUUAUAAUUUUUCCACUAUCAUCGUCGGCUUGCUUUAUCUGCCAAACUCGCUCGGGUAUCUGAUUGCAAGUCUCUUUGGUGGGAAAUGGAUGGACAAAAUAAUGCACCGCGAAGCCGUGAAAGCCGGUCGAUUUGAUGAAAAGGGCCGACCUAUUUUCCUACCGGAAGAUCGAAUGAAAGAAAAUGCCUGGCUCGGUGCCUUUCUAUACCCUGCCGGCUUGAUCAUGUAUGGGUGGACUGCGCAGAAAGACGUGUUCUGGUUUGUGCCGAUGAUAGCAAAUUUUGCCUUCGGGAUUGGCAGCAUGCUAAUCUUUGGCCUUUCAACGACCAUGCUCACGGAAUUCCUCCCUCGCAAGCCAUCUGCUGGCGUCGCCCUCAAUAAUUUCAUCCGCAACAUCCUGUCCUGUGUCGGAGUGAUUGUUGCGUCGCCCAUUAUUAACGCCAUUGGAAAUGGAUGGCUAUUCACCAUUCUAGGUAUAGUUGGUUUCGUCUCUGGCGUGUCUGUCCUGGGACUGAUGAAGAGAUUUGGGCCUAAAUGGAGAGAAACGCCUAUCCAACAUUGA